GGACGACGUGUUUUGAUUUGAUUCCCGCCGCCUCUUCUGUUUUCUUCAAACGUCCCUCUUUUUCCCUUUGGUGUAGAACCACAAGACGCAACCAUGAGUGAGUGGCGAUUCGAUCUCGAUGACGACCAGGAGGAGGACGGGGAUGAGCAGGGAGAGGGAACCUGGACUUUCGGGGGGCGAGCAGCUAGCAUCUUCCUGAUUGAUGCGAGUAAGGAGAUGUGCGAAACCUCUGGCGAUGAUGGAGAGGAUGAAGAUUCCUCUUUCAAGAAAGCUAUCAGGUGUGCUCAUGCAACAAUGAUGAGAAAGAUCAUCUCAAGCGACCAAGACCUUAGUGCUGUGGUUCUCUACAACACGAAGGAAUCAAAGAACAACAUUGACGUCCCAAGUAUAUACAUUUUGCAAGAACUUGAGCGUCCUGGAGCAGAGAAGGUCCUGCAGCUUGAAGAACUCAUGGGAAUGAGCAAUAGUAAAUUUGAAAAGAAGUACGGACACAGCAACAGUGCCAAUAUCCAUGAAGCUCUGUGGGUGUGUCAGAGCAUUUUCAACAAGUGCAAGAGCAAACUCUCGGGGCAGAGCAUCAUGCUGUUCACCUGCCAGGACAACCCCCACAGCGGCAACGACCAAAAGCAGAAACAGGCUCGUCAGAAGGGCAAGGACCUGAACGAAGCUGGCAUCUCCUUAGAGCUCUUACACAUGGGAACAAGUUUUGAUGUCCAUAAGUUCUACAAGGACCUGAUCAUCCCAGACGACAGUGAAGACGAUGAGUCACAAGAAAAAGAAACCCUCGCAGAUCCUGCCAGUCGGUUCGAGGAGCUGAUGGACAGAGUGAAGCGGCUGGAACACAAACAGCGAACCACCGGAAGGGUCACCUUCACCUUGGCACCUGGCGUUGAAAUGGCUCUUGGAGUGUACACCUCUGUCAGGAAAAUGAACAUACCUUAUAAAGUGAAGUUGUGGAAAAACACAAAUGAGGAAGUAAGGUAUAUGAAGAAAGAAUACUUAGAGGAGACCGGUGAACUGUUGAUGCCAUCAGACUAUGUGAAAUACCAAGAGUAUGGAGGGAAGAAAAUCAAAUUUUCUUUGGAUGAAUUGCGUAGUAUGAACCAGGUGUAUGAACAAGGAAUUGAACUGCUCGGAUUCAAGUCUAUUGAAAGUAUUAAACCCUAUUAUCACAUCAAGCCAGCUAAUUUUUUGUAUCCUGAUGAGAAAUCUGUUCAAGGAAGUAACAAGGUGUUUGCUGCCUUGCUGGACCGCUGUCUGACUCGUAAUGUGGCCCCCAUAGUGCGCAUGGUAGCUCGCAGGGGAUCAUCAGUGUCCUGGGCAGCUCUCAUCCCGCAGAAGGAGGAGCUGGACGAGAAAAACUGCCAGAUCACUCCUCCUGGCUUUUAUGCCUGCCACCUCCCCUUUGCUGAUGAUUUCCGCAACAUCGAAAUUGAAGACGUCACACGGGCUACAGUAGACCAGGUGGAUGCGGCCAAGGAUAUGGUGAAGAAGCUGCAUUUCAAGUACUCUCCAGAGAGCUUUGACAAUCCCCAUAUACAGACGCACUGGCGCAACAUUGAGGCUCUGGCACUGAACAGAUCUGACCUGGAAGAGUUGGUGGAUUAUACUGUGCCAGAUUAUGAGCGAAUGCGGAAGAAAGCCGGCAGCCUGAUCGAGAGCUUCCGGGAGAUGGUCUACCCCCCAUCGUACGAUCCGAAUGCAGCCCCCAAGAAACGUCCAGCAAGUGGUGGCGCAUCGGCAGCACCCAAGAGAGCGAAGCCGGAUCCAGCGAGUGUGGAUGUUGAGCAGAUGGCUAAGGCCGGAAAGGCUGACAAGCUGACUGUGGACGUCUUGAAGAGCUGGUUGCAGGAUCGAGGCGUCAAGGUCACAGGCAAGAAAAAGGCCCAGCUCGUGCAGGAUGUGAUGGACGAGGUUGCCGGGUAAAUGCACACUGAACAAGUUGUUGAUCAUUCCCAGUGGUGGUGAGAGUACAGUAGGUUGGCUUGACUUUAGCUCAGUACAAAGUGUGGUCGAUAUGCCUCGCACAUUCAUUUUUGGGUUUUUAUGUUUCUAGUGCUGGUUUGUUGUGGUGCGUUUCAUUGGUGUAGAUUUUUGUUUUUUAUAAUUUAUUUUACUUAUUUUUAUUUAUUUAUUUAUUUUUUUUUUCAGUUCAUUUCUGAAAAGUAUGGUGUAAAAACUUGUUUAAGAUUUUUAUUAUUGAUCUAUAGAAGUGAAUAAUUAGAUAUUGUCACUGAGCAUUGCACAUUAAUUAGGUAUAACUAAGAGGUAUUGAAUACUUAAUUAAGAAUAAAUGAAAUUAAAAAAAUGGAAAAUAAGGAUAGAAAUUUCCAGGGAGUAUUAUCAUCAAUAACAAGACCUAUUUUGAUUUUACUCUUUAUAUGCCUAUUAAAUUAGUAUUAACACAAGUUGUAUUUGUCUGAAAGCACAAAUGUGCUAAAAUGUGAUUAUUUUCUUAGUUGUUAAGGUUAAUAAAAAUUCUCGAAAUACUUGUGAUAUAUGUGUGUGAUCUUGUGUGAAAGAUUUGAUGUUUAUAUUACAAAAUUUUCACACAAAUAAAUCAAAUACUUUUUUUCAUGAACACAUGCUAAUAUGAUGUGAAAGAUGCCAUGUGACACUGCUUAUGUUAAGAUGGCCAGCUGAAGAAUACAUUAUGCUUUGUUCAUUGUGCUUCAAAAUAUAUAUUGUACAUUUUCUAUUGCAUUGUAAUACAUUCAGCUAAGA